AUGCAGUGCAUUCUUAAAGAGAGUAGCAUCACUGUGGUUAGCAACGACAAAGACGAAUUAAUUCCUACAUGUAUUCCUACGGGAUGGCGAGUCUGUAUGGAUUAUUGCAAACUUAAUACUGCCACAAGGAAAUACCACUUCCCACUUUCUUUCAUUGACCAAAUGCUGGAUAGGCUUGCUGGGAGAGCCUAUUACUACUUCUUAGAUGGCUAUUCUAGGUACAAUCGAAUUGCUAUUGCACCAAAGGAUCAGGAGAAAACAACUUUCACCUGUCCCUUUGGUCUUUUGCUUUUUGUCAACAUUGCCACUGCACUCGAGUUUAUGGGUGCAACUAUUUAUAAUUUGGAACGAGAUGGAGCUAGACCUAUAAAAGCUAUAGAGGAAGCAACCGAUGAUGCCGAGGCAGAGCCGAAACUUGAAGAGCGAUCCGAGGACCGUGCAAAGCCCAAAGAAAAGAAGAGAAAGCACUUCAAAGACAAAAAGCGCAAAAAGGAAGAGAAAAAUAGGAGGAAGAAGAAACAUCAUGCAGCCUUUUUUUUGGCUAAGGAAAACUAA